CGAAACCAACGAACCUUUGGGAAGAACUGGGGUCGUAACAGCUUUGUUUAAAACGAACAGUGCGUUACCUAGAGUAACAUACAAGAAAAUUAGUUAAUAGUAGUAAAUAUUAUUUGUUAAAUUUCAUAGUUGUGACAAUAGCAAGUGUAACGUCUUGUCACAAAACAUAAUUCUAAGAAAGCAAUUAUCCAUCGAUCUAUAUCAGUCCUGACUGACGACUGUUAACGGCUUGCAUGAAAUCAAGUCACAAUGUUCUUACAUCAGUUAAUACAAAGAUGAGCUUCAUUUGAACAUAAUCCUUUCAGACUACAACGCCGUUAUAAGCCAAUCCCUUUUUGGAUAUAUUGCAAGUCCUGGAUAUCCACUGAUUUAUCCUAAAUCUUCUCAUUUGUCUUGGACGAUAAAUGGUGGAAGUGGAACAUAUAUUGCUUUAAGGUAAUCGUUUUGUGCUUUCUUGACACUGGUUAUUUUGAAAUGUUCUACAACCACCAUCUCCACCAUGCCAUUAGCGUUAGGGAUGCAACAAAUAUCGAAUUUAUUCUAAUAAGGAAAACAGCAGACCACCAAGUCAGAAGUCAUUAGGACUUCCCCAACAUACCACCCCUUCCCUCACCCUGCAAAGCGCUUGACUAGUCGGUCAGCGAAGCAGCAUGCUUCACCGAGACAGCCCCCCAGCCGUCUUCCACUAGAUUAACCAGGAAUAUGGGGCGACCCUAACCAAGGAACACCAGCAGUCGAACUUUCUAGGAUUUGGGAUAGACAUAUUUUAACGUCCAUAAAAACACCCCCGUGCCAAAAACAGGAUGGCGUCAGACGCCCUCUAGUAGGGAUUCUACACGUGUCUUGUACUUUGUGAUUAAGUCUCGCCGUAGCUGGGACGUAACGGUUGCAUAGGGAAGUCCCCUCCCAUGCUGUAUGCUAUAGGCAUCGAGAUGUUGUUAAGGUUUUUUAAAUUAUAUGUUACUUACUUCAUUUAAACUGUUCUCACCAAAGAUAAAAUAAAAAAUACAUAUUAAUUAAUAAUUAUUUUUUCAAGAUAAUGUCUUAAACAAUGUUAGUGCGAGUUAUUCAAUUAUACGCUAGUGAUAACAAUUAUAUUAAUUUUUUACAGAAUGCUGAGUUUUCAUUUAGAAUACGCAUCAAGCUGUCAAUAUGACUAUGUUCAAGUGUAUGAUGGGCCCAGCAAUUCUUCAAGGUCACUAUAUAAAAUGUGUUCUACAAGCUACCCUCCUGUCAUUAUGUCAUCAACACCUUAUCUACAUAUCGUUUUCCACACGGAUCAUUUCUAUGAAUACACUGGUUUCGCCGCAAGUUAUCAAGUUAAUGGUAAACUAUUUCAACUUUUCCAUGUCUAUUAUACAGAAUAGAAUCAGAAUAGAACUCAUCAGAAUGACGUGUACCAAAAAAAAAAAAAAACAUAACUGCAUUGGAUCCGUGUAACUUAUAUCUGAGACAUCCUUCUUUCUCACAAAACGUUUGCAGCAGUUUAAAAUUUUUAUGAAUACACUGGUUUCGCCGCAAUUUAUCAAGUUAAUGGUAAACUAUUUCAACUUUUCCAUGUCUAUUAUACAGAAUAAAAUCAGAAUAGAACUCAUCAGAAUGACGUGUACCAAAAAAAAAAAAAACAUAACUGCAUUGGAUCCGUGUAACUUAUAUCUGAGACAUCCUUCUUUCUCACAAAACGUUUGCAGCAGUUUAAACUAAAAGAAAAAGAUAUUUAAGCUAACCAUAAGACGAUAUCCUUUUAAAUAUUAACAAAAUGGAUGCGUGUUUUGAGUAUAUUGCACAUAUUCAUUUUCAGCACAUUAGUAAACAUUCUUCACCAGUUAACAUUUAAUAAAGCAGAAUUAAAUCACGAGACAUUUGUGUUUCUUAAGCACAGAAAUCACGUGACAAUUAACGAUUAUCUAUUUUUAAAGUGAUUUCUAAUGCGUCUUUUAAAAUUAAAUUAAAUUAUUAAAUAAAACGUUAAAUAUUCGCCGAUUUAUUAAAAAUUCUAAAAAAAAAAUUUAUAAUUACUUUAAACAUAACCAUGCAAUCACAAUUUUAGAAAUAAAUUUUGAAGUUAAAUUGAUUUCUAAAAUAUUUCAGAUUGUAAUUUCACAUUGGCCAACACUUCAGGUUACAUAGUAAGCCCAGGAUUUCCUGCCCAGUACCCCGACAACCUGUACUGCACUUGGACGAUCAUUGCCCCAACUGAUAGAUUCAUAUUCUUAAGGUUGUUUCAUAAGUUAAAGUGUUUUUUAUGAUUAAUGUUACAGCCACAGAGCAUAUACUAUAACAAAGUAAACUUUUGCACCAUGAAUUAGAACACCGAGAUUGUAAAUAAUAUACAUAUCCCUUCUGGAUAAUAAAGCAUGUUACUCCAGGCUUUGGGCCAGUGGUUCUCAACCUUCACAAAAUCGGGACUUUUUAUUACUGUAUCUCAUUUUGUGGUUACCCCUUCCUCCAACAUUAAAGUUAUCUGCCUUGCUACUUCAUAAAUAUGUGUUUUCCGAUAGCGUUGGGCGACCUCUGCGUAAGGUUCCUUCGACACUCAAAGAGGUCACGACCCACAGGCUGAGAACCGCUAUUUGAGUUUUCCUUUGCACCAUGUUUAUCUCGAAGAUCAUUCUCUGAUUAUUAUCUAAACAGUAAUUUAUACGUGACAAUGGCUAUGUAUCUUAAAAACGUAUUCAUAUGUAAGGGUAAACAGAAACUCACAAUGAUCGAAUUUACUCCAUUCUUUAAUAAUAUACAAUUAUUGACUAUUGCGCCUGCUUGUACACUUAUACCUGAAAUGCAGAGCAAUUAGCUUGUCGCUUAUUAUUCGAACCCAAAGGUUCGAUGGCUUCGUUGUCUAUGAGUUUUAGUAAUUACACAAACAAUAUAUUUUUGUAAUAAAAUAUCUUUAUUAACAAACUAAAUUGUCAGCUGUCAUUACCGUACUAAAAGACGACAAACUACACUAUAAUAAUAAGUCAUAUCCCUUUUCAUACAAUACCUCACAAGAUAUUAAGCAUAAUAGAUAAAACAACACAAAGAAUCUGUAAACAACACGCCAUCACAAUAUACAUUGAAAUCCUUAACAUUCGGCACCGGAAUAUGUAUUCUUCUUAGACUUCAUUUAGUUUCACUGCGCCCAAAGGUCUCAACGACUUUUACGAUGAUUCAAAAAUAAAAGCUAUUGUUAAAGUUUUAGAUGUAUUCUUUAUGUGUCAACAUGGUCAUACAAAUAUAUAUUUGAAAAUAUUAACGUCAAAUUUCGCAAACAACGUAUAAACUUUACUGGUUAUAAAAUAUGAGGUAGUUAGGCAGCUUUGUAAAAUAAAAAAAAAAAAAUUCUAUCAUUAUUCAGCGUAAGCAGCUUCGAGUUAGAAAACAACUGUGCAGUAGACUACCUAAAGAUAUAUGACGGAAGAUAUAGUACUGCACCACUGCUGGGUACCUUCUGUGAUACAGCGCCACCUAAAAUAAUCUCCACAACAAAUUCCAUGCUUCUGGUGUUUAAAACCGGCGGAAGUAUCAAUUAUAGAGGCUUCAAUGGAACAUUUACAACUGAUGGUAGAAUCUUAAAUAUUGAUUUUUACAGUGCAAAGACAAUGUCAAAGUAUUUCUUUAACAAUCAUUAUUUACAACAAAAAAAAAUAUUUAUAUUUUACGUAUUUAAAAAAAUAUCAAAGAAAACAAUUCUAACAUGAAUACUUUGGAAGAAAAUAAUUAUGCCUGGUAAAAAUAUGAUUUAAAAUUAUCAGAUUAGUAUACAUUGAUAAGACAUAUUGUUUGUAAAGACAACAUUACGUAUCGUAAACAAUAUACAAUUUUUAUAGGUAAUUACAAAACGUAUUUUUUUGGUAAUCCCCAUGCUGAUAGAAGGACGUCCUUAUAAUUUCAAGUGUAACACUACCUCCCAGUGUCACGAACACCUGGUUUGUGUGGCUGAAAGAUGCGGCUGCUCGUCUGGUUAUUACUUCAAUAGCAGAACCUAUCUGUGCAAUACAGGUAAAAGUUUCCAUUAUAAAAAAUAAACUGUACAAACAAUUGGUGCAUUAAUGUAUUAAAUUAUACAUAUUCGAUGUCAAUUAAUUGGUAGAUCCAACAAUUUAAGACUACUUAAACGGAAAUGUUCAAAGCUAAAUCUACACGGUUUGUUUCAUUUAAGAAUAUUGAUUGAUUGAUCAAGUUAUUUCUUCUUAGUGUUUAAAAUAAUUACUACCUGUAAAGAACUAGAUUAAUUAGACACAAACAUUUUGUGUCAAUUAAACAAUAAGAUACGAUGCUUUUAUUGAUCCAAACAAAUGGAUUUUUUUUUUGUAUGGCAUUGUUCUUUUUCAGCAUAUAAAUAAAACAAAUUGAACACAAGACACCCACAUUGAAUUAUUUCACUAGUGAAAAAAACAGCCAUUAAAUGGAUUCUUUUAACGAUAUAAGGGAAUUGUUAGGUCUCAUUAAGAUUUUUGACUUUAGAGAAAGCACGCUUGUAAAUUCUUAUAGAUUGAGGAACAAAAGAAUGUAUAUAUCUCUUAGUCCUUGCCCAGCGAGAAAUAAUUCGUCCCAAUUCUAAGUUUCUGUGAAGAAGAGGGUGGGAUGUAUCAUCCAAAAUGUGUUUAGUUUUACAAAUUGUGUUUAGUUUUACAAAAAAAAUGUUCUUCAAAUAGUUCUUCAAGUGAAGGAUGUUUAGUUUGUGUUAUGUUCCUAGCUUUCUUGACUAAUCGGUUUAUGCGGUGUUUAAAAGCAGACGUUGAAUUCCCACACCAGCAGGUAAUACUGGAAUUAAGCAGGCGCCCAAUUGUUGCACGGUAGAAUAAGUUAACAUGUUGUAUUUUUACGCCGAAAUUUUACAGUUUUUUGAGGUAGAGUAGUUUUUUGUUCAAUUUCAUAUACAGCAUUUGGCCGUACUCAUGCCAUGUUAGCUUAAAAUUAACUAGGUACUUUCCGUGUGGCCUAAGCCACCAAAACUCAGCAGAAUAUUGAAGCAUUAAAAAAAUAUCUUUUAUUUAUAACAAAACAAAUUUAAAUGUAUGCAAAAUAUUGUAUUUACAUCUACAAAACUUCAUGGAAAAUUAUACGUCGAGUAAAAUGGCCAACGUCUUUCUGCAGCUUUCCUUGCUGUGGGUUUUCUGUAAUAUUUGUGUUGAGUUCCUCGAUCGGGACAAUGCAACGUAGAGCUGACCAUGUGAGAAUAAUGCAGUCUGGAGAAAAGGGUUUUUCAUUGCACAUAAUUUCACGCAAUAACUUUUAAAUACAACGCAAUCCAUUCUUUGAAAGCAUUGUGAUUUCGUCUAUAAUAAUUAGGGAAGCUUCACACAGAAUUUUCGAUUUAGGUGACAUUCAUUUCUUGAACAUGAUCAAAUGCUUGAACGCCUAUGGGAUUUCCAGUAGGAAUGAGCAGACCAAGCUUUGCGCAAAGAAAAACCGUGAUGCUUAGAGAUAGCAUUUAUGUCGUGGAGGGCAACUUUUUUUGCGGCAUCGUCAUCUUGGUUUCUUUUGUAAUCGAGAGCCAUGUCGGUUGAAAACUAGUUACUAGUUCCAUAUAUCUAUAGGUCUUGAAGGUUGACAAAAGCAACAUAUGUAAGCAAAAGUUUCUCUAAGUUGUAUUGGCACAUGAAAGAUUAUUGCUUCUGCUAAACAGUUACUCCAUUCAUCCUCACUUUCCAGAAGCCCACGUGCUGCCACUGCUUCAUUGAAGGUGUCAUAAGCUACUCCAUUAAAAGUACAAAUGAACUCAAAACUUGUGGCACCUCGAACAUGAAGCAAUAGCAGUUUUAGGAAAAAUCACUCCUGAGCUUUUAUGCCAACUGUGAACAUUCCUGAAACGAUCUUAGCUCCACAUCUUUGCCUUGGCUGCCAGUUUCCACGAACAUAAACAUACUGGUAAGGGAUUUCAGUGUACAGAAACUGUCGUACGUUUUCAUCCUUUAUGAUGAGCUGAAACCAAGACUCAAGCCUUGUCUUGCUAGUUCGAGCUGCCUGCAAAGCCUCUUCUUCAUUUUUUUUUCUCUCGGGCAUGAUUCUCUGCUGAUGCGGGAGAUGUAGCUGAAGUAGCAUAACAACAUAUGAUCGGUCAUGCACUUUUGAUUCGAGAAGGCUCCACAUUUCUUCUGGAGCACUAACAUAGUGGGUGUUUAUGACGUUGUCAAUUUCAUUGCAACGUACCUCCUGCUGUUCUCCUGUCGUGACUGUAAAAUUUGCAAAAUCGAAUCCUUUGAAAAUGUACUUCUAUAUGUAUGUAAUGAAAUUAAGCGAUAUGCAAACCUCAAUAUUAAUGUGAACGUUGUAUUUUAGUAACCAUUAUAGAUUUUAAGGGACAACAUGACUAUUGUCCAUUUCUAUUCCAUUUCUAUUCCAUUUCUAUUCCAUUUCUAUUCCUUCAACUUUAACCUGCAUUCUGCACCGACGAUGGUAAAGAGGGUAUCCCUCGAGAUUCGGAACGGUCUCUUGAAUGAAAAGCUUCAGAAAAUUCUUCGGGCAUACACCGUCUUCAAUACAUGGUGCUCACUGAUUGAUGUUUCCGCAUGGACAAUGUAGCAUGCAGCGAUUGACGAUUUCAAAAAGUCUUGGGUUUUCCACUCCAACUGGGAUUUUAGAAAAAACAAAUUUAUUGAUCCUUUUAGGUGUUAUAAAUUUCUCCUGAGCUCGUAACGUGAUCAAAAUAUGUGCAUCUGGUAAACCACGUUUUUGAAACUCGGUGCUGUGCACAAAAACUUCUGACUGACCAAAUAUUCCAUGUACCUUUAAAUCCUCCAUCAGCGACCUUACCUUUAGCUUGAAGACGUGAACUACCAAAUUUGGGUGAUCCCUUGUCUAAUAUCCUUAUUUAUUUAAUGAAUGAAGUUUUAUAAUUACGAUUCAAAAUGCGGUACCUGGAGAAUAACCUUUUAAUAAUAAAAUCUGAAGUUAAACAUGGGUAUUGAACAAAAUAAACAUGACUAUUUUUUAAAGAGUUUGCCCGAUUUUUUACGACAUGUUUAUUAACUAUGGCACUAAUUUACACUUAAAUUAAGUUGUAGUAAAAAUAUAAAGCCAUUUUUAUCAAGUACUCACAAUGAUGAAAUACUUAAGAGCUACAAUUCAUAAAAUUAAUCUGAUUUCUUUUGAAUUAAUAGUAAUUCAUAGAUAUUAAGUUAAUACAUUUCAAAUGUUCUAAAUACAGCAGACGUCAUUUAGGCUAUUAACACAAUUUUAAAAUAAAUUUCGCAAUAUUAAAAACGCACUAAAAAACGUACUUAAUACAACUUAUGUUUGGGUUUUCCCGAUUAAUGUAAUUACGGUAUAAUUCUUUGAACAUUUUUUUUAAAUAUUUUUUUUUCAUAACUUUCAAGCGCAUAUAAAAUGCUUAAAAAUACCUUAGUCGAUACUUUAAAUGUAUUUGUAAUUUAUUGUAAUAAUAUUUAGAAUUUUACUAAAAUACAAGCGGAUUUACAUAUUUUUUGCGCAUUCAAUUUUAUUCGAUAUCCGUAGAAUAAUUUUUAAAUAAAUCUAUUAUUGUUUUUAGGAAUCCGAACGUAACUAAAUCGUAUCUCCCUUAUGGCGUUGUGUCACCCUAGCUCAUUCGUAUAUAUAUUGUGACACCAAAGUACUUAUAUGCCUCUAAUUUCUCUACACUUUGAUUUUUAUGUUGAGAUCUGUGAUCUUGUGUUUCCCCCCUCUUGAAAUGAACAACCACUUACUUUGUUUUUUUAGACAUUCAUCUGGAACAAUUUUUCAUCUGUAAAAUUUAUAAAAAAUGUAACAAAGUUGUGGUAUAGGCCUUCUUCAGAUAUUAAGCCAGCGAUGAUGGCAUCUUCAGCAAAUUUUAAGAUUGGAACGGUGUCGCUUGAGCUUUAAAUAUCAUGGGUAUAUAUUGUGUACAGUACAGAGGAAAGAACCCAGCCUUGUGGUGCCCCAGAGCUUCUUUCUCUGGUUAGAGAUAAUUGGUCAUUUACCUUGACAUAGUGUGGUCGAUUCAUUAAAAAGUUCAGUAUCCAAGACUGAAUAUUUAAAUUGACACCUAACGAGGAAAGUUUCUUUUUCAUAAGGCGUGGUUGGAUAGUGUUAAAUGCUGUUAAGAAGUCUAAGAAAAGCACUCGGGCAUAUUUUUUUUAGGCCUGUCGAUUGUGAAGGUAAAGUAUCCUCAACAAUAGUAGGAUAGUGUCAAAAGCCUUAUUCAAGUCGAUAAAUAUGUAAUAUAGGACGAUAUUUUGAUUCUUACAUUUCUCUUGAAGCUGCCUAGCAGCAAACACCAUAAUGGUAGUUACGCGUUUUUUGUGGAAACCGCAUUGACUUUCGGAGUGGCCCAGAAGGUAUACUAUUGGUGUGUAACACAUACGAUGUUAAACAUAUAAUUUCGACGUAGCAUUGUCUCAUAUUUCAGCUGGUCAUGUUUAAAUUUUGAGUAAGUAUUAAGUGUGGUUAAUAAUUUCAUUUAAAAUCAUCAUUUCCUCAACGAAACUUCUGCGAAAUGUGGAUUUUGUUUUCACUGGACGCGAUUUGCUCUUCUUUUUCAAAUCAAAUUAAAGGAGACAGUAUUAAGUUUAGAAAAAAAAAUCAAGUUCAUAGAAAACAAAACAAAAUAUUAAUUUUGACUAAUUCUUUAGAAUCGUUAUUUAAUCCUCUAAAAAAAUGCUUAUAAAAAAAAAUCAUAAAACAAUAUAUUUAUUGACUCGAAGAGUUUCUUUCUUAUUUGUUUUUAGCUUUAAGCCAUGGAGCCACUUGUGACUCCCAUAUACCUAACAUGUGUUCAGGCUCCAGUCUAGAGUGUAAGAGUGACGAGUACGGUG